UAGGACUGACGCUCUUCUCCUGUAAGCUCCUCUGCAUCUAAUCGCCUUGCCGUUUAGGGAAGACAUCCUGCUCUUCUGUUGUGGUAAGGCCAAGCCUGCAUCCAGGAGCACUGCCACUAGUGGGGCUCUCUAACAUCAGGGCUAGUUUCUGCUGCCAUUUCUCGCUGUUCUACAGCGAAUAUUGUGGGAGGAAGCGCGACUAAACUGGCAUUCCAUCCGCGUCGCGGAGCUUAAUGUUUGAGGAGAUAAUCAAACAAAAUAGUGAUGGCAUCUGCGGUUCGUGCUCCGCUAAGAGCAGCGAUGGCUACACUAGCGGGGACAGCAGCAGCGCCAGCGACUACUGCGGCUCGUCGAAGCUUUGUUUUCCGCAGAACGCAGCGCGAGCAACUAUCCUCCGCAGGAUUGCUUCGUAAAGCACACAAGCUCGGUCAUUCCAUGACCCAUUCCCCUACACUCCGCCACCUUUCAGUCUCUUCCUCCUCCUCUUCCUCCUCCUCUUCAUCCUCCUCCUUUACCUCCUCCCUCGAUUCCUCUGAUUCCUCCGACUCCUCCGACCCCUCCUCCGCUUCCCCCUAUGCCACUGCUCCCCCGCUCCCCCACGACUUCUCUCCGCGCCCUCUCCCCAUCGAUCCGCAGCAGCUGCGCGGACUCAAGCUCAUCUGGGCCGCGGAGCCCGCGCAGGGCCACCACAUGGAGGGGCACCCAGAGAGCAAUGAGCGCGUGGUGGGAGUGAUUAAGGAACUGCAGGACGCUGGACUCACAGACAAG